AUGCUGGCUUGCAGAAUCCUUAGCCUGCUGGUGGCUUGCGUUAGCCUCAUCUGUCUAUUGAUGGCGCUGGUUACUGACUAUUGGCUGGUGGCCUAUGGAGGAAAGGAUAUCGCCCACAGUGGGCUCUGGAAGACAUGCAUUGCAGGACACUGCUUUGCGCCGGAUGUGCCUGACGAUUACAUCGUGGCCACCCGCGCGUUCCUGAUCUUAGCCUCCCUGGCAGCUCUGGCAUCCGCUGUUUCUCUUGUCGGCUUAUUCAUACAGUGCACGCUCCACAAUGUGUGGGGAUCAUUCAUCGCUUCCAUUGCUGCCUUCGCGGCCGGACUUUGCACGCUAAUCGCUGUGGCCGUGUACACGGCGGAAUCCUGGGGAAACAACGAUUCUCGCAUCCAGCGGACUUACGAGUGGUCCUUCUACCUAGCCUGGGCAGCAUUUCCCAUGCUUCUACUGGCUGGUAUAUCCAGCCUUCUUGUGCACUUGCGCUCACCACCCUCCAGCUAUGAGCACCUGUGA